CCCGAAACUGGGCCAAGUUUGCUAAAUAUAGCAUCAUACUGUAUUGCACCCGGACGCCUUUGAAAUCGUAAUCUUUUUUUGGUAGCACAUCGUUAGCAUAGCCCAUGAAACAUGUUUGAUGAUACACAGGGAUGAUUCUAAGCAAUGUAUAGUAUAAAACCUGUUUGGUCAAGCUAGAGGGCUGCUUGGGAGAUACUUCGUACAACGAUGGAUGACCAGUCUUGCCGUCCAAAUAUGAGUAUCUACAGCAUCACGCCUCCAGACAGCGAAGUUGCGCUCUGUGCUGGUGGCCCUGACAACCUUAAUGCCACUUGGGAGAAUUGGACCUUUCCUUCGAGCUCUCCACCGGCGAUCUUAUAUCGAAACAACCUAGGGUCUGGACACAUGACAGCUGAUUCCUCCGACUUGUUCGCUGACGUCAAUGAAUACUCCUUUGAGCCGGACUUGAAUCUUCUGAGGGCACAAUGUCAAUCUCCGUGGCCAAUCGAGUUCCAACAAGAAAACUGGGAGUCGCUGCAGGAGACGACCGCAACAUGGAACACCACGUCAGAAGAUAUCUCUUGGAGAGAAUGUGAGCCUCGGGUCGUCCAGACAGACCCAUAUCAUGGACUCCCUGAGCAGGUAGCAUUGCUCGAGCUUCGUAUGACCCAGGAAGAGUAUUGGACAGAUCAGCUCCAGCUCUGUUCUACUCGGCUGGAUGCUCGAGCAUUUGACUUGGAAAAGAAGUCAGGUUCCUAUCAAGGCAGGAUUGACUGCCUGGAGGAGAAAGUAAUUGCACUAGAGGGAAGCAGAGAGUUGCUACAGCAAAGCAACGCACAACUCGAAAAGCAGAUGAAUUCUGCAUCAAAGCAGAUUGACCGGCUCACGGAGCAGAACACGGCGCUCCGGUGGUAAGUUGACUGUGCUCUACCUGUCCCCGCAUGAGGUCUCAUGGGCUGAUGGUACACGAAGGGAUCUCGAUAGCGUAAAAACGUAUCUCGAGCAGUUCCAGGACUGACUGUCGGUGAUGGCAUUCAUAGUUAUCUACAGACAGGUCCCUAUCGUAAUUAUCUGAGAGCUGUAUAGCUGCAUAAUAUAGUUCAGCCUAAGAUAGCCUGUUGCAUUGUGCUUUGACGCCUUAUGUAUCCGAAUUCGACGUAGGUUUCCGAAUUCAGCUAG